AUGGAGCAGCCUCAUCGUGCCGUUGGCAACAACAAGCUCCUCAAUCUGUUCUGGCCAGAAGCGAGUGUUAUGCCGACACACCUCCGGCUCCAAGUCAUCCAGUGA